AUGUUUGUAUUUAUAUAUUUAUUUAUAAUAACACCUAUAAGAAUCAUAAAAAAAAAAAAAAAAAAAAAAAAAAAAAAAAAGAAAAUGACUAAAUUAAGAUAUGAAAAUACCUUUAAUUUUAUAUGUAAUAAAUAUGAUGAAGUUAUACAACGUGGUUGUAUUAAUUUAGAUAAUAUGAAUAAAAAUAAUAAAAAUGGAAAUAAGAAAAAAUAUAUCAAUAUUUUUCCAAUUGUGAAAAUUUUAUUAAUCUGUCUGUUAUUGUCGUUGGUGGAUAAAUCAAAUGAUAAUGCAUAUAAUAAGGAUAUGUUUCAAACGGAUAAAGGGAAUUGUAGUCGCCUAAGAUACAAUAGAUUAUUAUCAGAACCAAUUUUCGAAUUUGAUGUUAUGUAUGAUUUAUUUAAAGAUAAUUUUUUAGAACAAAUUGGUUAUAGUGAUGCACAAAAAAAUGAAUUAAAACUUUCUAUGAAAUCGUUUUUUCAAAGUUCAAAUAGUCAAGAAUAUACCUAUUCUAGACGAGAAGAUAAUAUUCAUAGUAUUAGUAAUACAAAUGUAACAAACGUGAAAAGUGUGAAAUUUGAAGAACCACAAGAUAAAAAAAAUUUAAUUACAAUUGAAGAAAUAAAUGCAAGUAAUAAUGAUUCAAAAGAAAAUAAAAAUGAACCAACUAUUAUAAAUGUGGAUGAAAAUAAGAAUUUGGAAAGUGCAAUUUCCAAUGAACAGGAAGAAACCACUACUAAUAAUGAAGGAAAAAAGAAAAAAACUAAAAAGCCCCAUAAGAAUAAAGACAGUAGUACAUCUUAUGAUAAUAUAGAAGAGAAUGAAAUAUUAAAAGAAAAUAAUGUAGAAGUUGAAGAACUAAUUGAAGAAAACAGAGAGUUAAUUAAAAAGGGAUCUAUAUAUAAAAAUAAAUUAAAAGAAAAAUCUGUGGAAAAAAGAAUAAAAGGAAAAAAUUAUCUUUUUCAUAUAAUCGAAAAGGCAAAAGAAAUUCCCCCAGGUGUUAUUGUUGGUUUAUUUUCUAUUUUUUAUGUGGCACUAGGAGAAAAUAGAUCAUCCUUAAUUUUAUUAAUUUUAAUAUUUAUUUUAGCACUACAUGCAUAUUUGGAAGUAAAAAGAAUAUGUCGAUUCUUAGAUAUAGAUUAA